CAACGUCAUGACUGACCCAUUGUCUAGAACAAGCUCCACCACGCCAAACAGGUAGUAUUGUACUCCCUGUCUCUGUUCAGCCGUAUAGAUAUUGUCUGUUUCAUGUGUUGCAUGUACAGUGCAACACCCGGUCUGUCCUACCGGCCAAUACUAUCAACGUGGAGAAACAAUACAGUCGCUCCCAUCAUGUUCAAGUCCCUAUCCAGGAGCUGGACGUGUUCCUCUAAAACAGUUUCAAGCAGAGUCGACUACUUGUUCCUCACUUCCUCAUAUAUGACACUUUUCACAACGUCCCGUAGGAUAUCCUUCUUUGCCUACCGUCUUCGUCGGGUCGCGACUGAUCUAUACAUCCUUCGUCUCUUGCGAGCCUCUCACGAUAGUGAUCAUCAUGGACUCCAAGUUCAAUCCAUACUACCAGAACCUCACCUUCCAUGCUGCUGAUGGGACCCCGUUCCAAGUACCCGUGAUGAUGUUGGAUGACUUCUAUCAGUACUGUAUCCAGAUAUGCAUCAACUACGGGGCUCAAUUCGGUGCUUCAGUGAUUAUCUUCAUUAUCCUUCUACUUUUGACUAGACCCGACAAGCGUGGUUCUUCGGUUUUUUUCCUCAACAGCGGUGCUUUGCUGCUCAAUAUGGGCCGGCUCCUCUGCCAUAUGAUCUACUUCACAACCGAUUUCGUGAAAGCCUACCAGUACUUCUCCGGUGAUUAUUCUAGGGCACCCACUUCUGCGUACGCCAACUCUAUACUGGGGGUCAUUCUUACAACUCUUCUCUUGAUCUGCAUUGAGACAUCUCUUGUACUCCAAGUCCAAGUUGUCUGUGCCAAUCUUCGACGCCGGUAUCGAACCGUUCUCCUCUGCGUGUCAAUCUUGGUUGAACUUAUUCCUGUUGGAUUUCGCCUGGGAUACAUGGUUGAAAACUGCAAGACAAUUGUCGGCGCUGAUAACCCACUGUCACUUGUUUGGCUGGAAAGUGCUACAAACAUCGUGAUUACUAUUAGUAUCUGUUUCUUCUGCAGUAUCUUCAUUACUAAGCUCGGAUUUGCCAUCCGUCAGCGAAGGAGACUCGGUGUAAGGGACUUCGGGCCGAUGAAGGUGAUAUUUGUCAUGGGUUGCCAAACCUUGAUUAUUCCAGCGCUGCUUUCGAUUCUUCAAUAUGCGGUCACAGUCCCCGAGCUUAAUUCCAACAUUCUGACCCUGGUCACCAUCUCUCUUCCGCUAUCCUCCAUCUGGGCUGGUGUUUCCCUUACUCGUUCGUCCUCCACCGAAGAUUCCCCGUCUCGUGGUGCCUUGUGGAAUCGCCUCCAUGACUCAGACGGCACAAGGAGCAACCAGACAUCUUCCACGGAUACUGCUGUCGCCAUGACUUAUCCAAGUAACAAGUCAAGGACAGUCUGCUAUGCGGAUCAGAGCUCGAUCAGAAGACAGCGUGAUCCUGAACAGGGGCAUGGAAUCUCCGUGGAACACGAUGUGUCGGUUAUUAGUUGCCACAGGCUUUAGAGUCGAUCGGAUGAAGGUGCUACUACGACUUGCUCUGUAAUAUCGAGGGGAAACCACGGCUUUUUGUUUAGUAUUAAUUCUAUUCUCGCUUUAGCGCUCCGUCUUUUAAUACUAGCAUAGCUGAAGAAUUGUAAUACGUUAUCUUGCUG